UAUUACUACUCGAAAGAAAGAUGUUCUCAAUAUUGCCAAAGUGGAUUGCACUUAUGAACUCAAUUGCAUGGAUCCCAAUCAAUCUCUUCAACUUUUUAGCAGACAUGCCUUUAGAAGAGAUAAGCCUCUAGAUGAGUACUUCAACCAGUCCAAAAUGGCGAUAGACAUUGCUAAAGAUCUUCCACUAGCUCUUGAGGUUAUAGGCUCACUUCUAUCUUGGUGUAAGAAAGAUAUGUCGGAUGUCACAUUGAAAAAGCUAGAAAGUGUUCCUCCAGCGGAAGUUCGGAGUAAACCGAGAAUAAAUUACGAUGCCUUAGAUGUUCGGCAAAGGCAUAUCUUCCUUGAUAUAGCCUGUCUUUUCAUCGGUCAUGACAAGAACAUUAUGCUUUACUUCUAGGACGAAUCUAGUUUUUUUCCAGAAGAUGCCCUAGAAGUUCUACGUAACAUGUCCUUGACAAAAAUUCGAGAGGAUAAUAAAAUGUGGAUGCAUGAUUAACUCAGAGACCUUAGAAGAGAAAUGGUUCGUCAGGAAAGUAACAUGAAAGGGGAGAAGCGGAGCGGGGUGUGGAAUCGCGAGAAAGCAUAGAAUUUGCUAGCGAGAAACGAGGAAAAGGAAGAGGUCGAAGCUCUUUGUCUCAAGCUUAACCAUCUGCGCCAGCAUCGUUUUACCUGUAAGGACUUCAUGAGACUACCAAACCUGAAAUUCCUUGAAGUUGAGGGUGCAAGACCGAUGGGUGAAGUUAUGGAGAAUGUCUUUGCGCAAGCGAGGCUUUUCUAGCACAAAUUUUCACCGAACGUUCUUUCGACCGAUGUUUUUCUGGAGAAGUCGAUUCUCCUUCCAAAGUUGCUCUGGCUUCCUCUGAAUAAUCUCCUUCCAAUGCUUGACAUAGGGAGUUUUUACUUGGCAAGUCUUGCUAUUCUCGAUCUAUUUUGGAGUGGAAUUACACAAAUUUGGAAGGGGUGGAGCCAAAUGAAGGUACAAUAUUGUUCUAGGGGGCAUUUACCAGUAUCCCCGUUCUAUUUGAGGGAAAGACUCAUUUGACUUGCACGAUUUUUCUUUUCGCAGAUGGCCAAGAAUUUAACAGUUCUAAAUUUGACUGGCUACUAUUACUUGCAAAAAACCCCUAAUCUCUCUGCACAUGCAAAUUUAGAACGUUUGGUACUGAUAGAAUGUAGGAACUUGGUGAAAAUUGAUAAGUCUAUUGGUCAGUUGAAGUGCCUAGUUUCCUUGGAUGUGCGCUAUUGUCUGGAACUUAGUAGACUGCCAGGCGAGCUUGGCGAACUCGAGGCUUUGAAAGAACUCCUACUUGAUUCGACUCCGAUAAAGAAUAUCCCCGAAAUUCAAGGAAUGAAGAAUUUAAGGAUCAUCAGUGCUCAUCGUUGCAACGAAAUCGCACAACUUCCCCUCUCCAUCGGAGGUCUUGCAAGCCUUGAAUACCUAUAUCUGAGCGGGUACCUAUCGUUGGAGAGGCUUCCGGAUUCAAUCGGGAAGUUGAAAUCGCUAAUUGAGUUUGAUAUAUCCAGGAGCGGCAUCAAAGAACUACCACAUUCCUUACAGACGAUUGAGAAGCCGGAAGCAAUACGAGGCGAGUUCAACUGUUGUUAGCAAGUCGAAAUACCAAACGACACCUACAGAAGUUCAUCCCUAAGGAUCAUGAGAUUGACAUAUGCUCAAAUACAUGCGGUACGGAGGCUUCCGGAAAGUCUUAUCAGAUUAGAGUUGUUAAAACUGCACACGAAGAAGCUUCCAAAUCUCUCAGACCUGGUCAAUUUGAGAGAGUUGAGCCUGGGCUUUUGUGAAGGUGGUCGUACUCCUAAGCUUGUGGAAGAUCCGAUGCCAUGGUGGAUAGGGAGGUUGCGCAAACUGGAGUCUUUGACGUUGAUCUCUAAAGUUGUAGUUACCUUAUCUGCAGAUAUUGGUCUCCUUUCUCAUCUCAAGACACUCGAACUCCGUUGCCCGAAUCUGCGUUACCUCCCGAGGCCUCCCGCAAGCCUAUCAUCCUUGAGUCUCCAGAACUACAUGUCGGUCCAUGCGAUAGACCUAUCAAAUCUGAAGAAACUAUCGAAACUCACUAUGACAUUGGCUGCAAUUACAGAGAUUCAAGGCCUUGACUGUUUGGAGUAUCUUCAAACUCUGUCACUUGUUUUCCUUGGAUGUCUGGAGGUAUUACCUGAUUUGAGUAAUUCAAAGAAACUAAGGAAACUCCAUAUAGAAAAAUGUGAGUGUCUGGUUGAGAUUCAAGGCAAAAUGCCAGCAUCUCUAGAACUGUUGAUGAUGGAGAAGUGCGAGUCCUUGGAGAAGUUGCCUGAUCUGUCGAGCUUGGAGGGACCGGAAGAGAUCAAAAUAUAUGCUUGCGUGAAAUUGAAUGUGGAGGUGAUUCCUGGCUAUGCUGAAAAACGUGAGGAAACAUACCAAUGAAAAUCGAAGGAGAGACGUUCUUCCGGCUCUGUAGCUUCUUCAUCCGCGACCGCGAUUGGCCCCCUCAUGUUAAAACUUUCUACC